CGCGUGGAGGUUGACUUACUGGCUUUUGCUCCGAAGCUCCCUCGUAAACACGCUCAAGGUUGACACUUUCUUUUGGUUUAAGAGUUUAUAUAAAUCUGAAUUGUAGGUAACUAGGCCACAAUAGAAAAUAAAAGUCAACUUCAUCGAUCUUGCAGAGUUGUAUCAUAAACCCUAAAACUUUCUUUCUUUCCAAUGGAACCAACACGCGUGGAGGUUGACUUAGUGGCUUUUGCUGCGAAGCUCCCUCUUAAACACGCUCAAGGUUGACAUUUUCUUUUGGUUUAAGAGUUUAUAUAAAUCUGAAUUGUAGGUAACGAGGCCACAAUAGAAAAUAAAAGUCAACUUCAUCGAUCUUGCAGAGUUGUAUCAUAAACCUAAAACUUUCUUUCUUUCCAAUGGACCCAAGACUUAAACAAGCAGCUGAAUCUGGAAGCAUUGAUGAGCUGUAUGCUCUUAUUGAGGAGAAUCCAUACAUACUUGAGAACUUUGAUGCAGUUCCAUUUGUGAACACUCCCCUCCACGUAGCUGCAGCUUCGGGGAACAUAGAGUUUGCCAGGGAGAUUUUGAAUCUUAAGCCCUCUUUUGCUAGAAAGCUCAACAAAAACGGGUACAGUCCAUUGCAUCUUGCUGUAGACAAGGAUAAGGAUGAGUUUGUGGGCAGGAUGGUGAGGCUUGAUAAUGGUCUUGCCCGCGUUCAAGGGAGAAACGGCAUCACGCCGUUCCUUUUACUAGUGUCAAGAGGAAAAGCAGCUCUUGUGCAAAGGUGCCUCCGUACUUCCCCUGAGUGUAUCCAAGAUGUGAGCGUCAAUGACCAGAAUGCUCUGCACCUUGCUGUGAUUAAUGAUAAAAUUGAAGUGCUCCAAGUCCUCACCGGAUGGAUCCAGAGAAUGAGCCAAAGAAAUGCUUUCUCCAUUGAGAAAAGUGUUCUAAAUGGAUUGGAUCUUAACAAGAACACGCCUUUGCACCUUGCAGCAUAUAAGAAUGAUCACCAGAUGGUGAGACUGUUAUUGAAAUUGCGGUUGGUUAAGCGGAACGAAGUAAAUGGUGAUGGUUUAACUAUCCUUGACAUCGUAAGAAACCAAGGACAUAGAGACUUGGAUUUGGAACAACGUGUUGCAAAAGCCGGGUGUAAAGAGGCGGUGUCCCUACCAAGAUCCGGGGGAGGGUUUGAGAUUUUAAAUUCACCAUUCACUUUCUGGACAUUCUGCUCCACAUUCAUGACACGCUUAAGGACUAGCAUGUCAGAUGAAUCUCGUGGAGUGUUCCUGAUUGUAUGCACUUUGCUAAUAACAGCCACUUACCAGACUGCACUCCAGCCUCCAGGAGGUGUACAUCCAUCCGGGGAUGCUAAUGCAGGUACCGUGGUGAUGAAACAGAUAUUCUUCAUCUUUCUUUGGAUUUCCAACACCAUCGGCUUCUGCUGCGCUAUAUUCUACACCAUUUGUCUCUUACCACCUGGUAGUUUGUUUGACAAUUGGUUCUUUUGGAUUGGGACAACUUUGUGUGUUUCGUAUGCUCUAGCAAUGGCAGUAAUCUCACCGCACCCUCUAGCGUUUCUCUGGGCGACCUUCGCCUUAUUCCUGUACUUAGCUUUUUCUAUAAUUUGUGUAGCUUUCAUGAAUUUGUGGAAGCAUCCGGAUGAGGCCUCUAAGUACGGAUCGAGCUGGAUGCGAACGUUUGACGCAGAGUCAUUUCUAUUACAGGUGGAGGCAGGAUUUUGAGAAGAUAAAAGAUGCAACCGUCAAAACAUAUGACAUGCCCCCUUGUUUAGUCUUUCUUUGUAUUGC